AUGAAGUACAUUCACUCGAAGGAGACUCUCACCAUCCCCGACGGUGUCAAGGUCGAGAUCAAGACCAGACAUGUCACCGUCACCGGCCCCCGUGGCGUUCUCCAGAAGUCGCUCCAGCACUUGGCUGUCUGCUUCUCGCACCCCGAGAAGAACAUCAUCGACAUCGAGAUGCACCACGGUGCCCGCAAGAACGUCGCCGCUCUCCGCACCGUCCGCACCAUCAUCUACAACAUGAUCGUUGGUGUCACCAAGGGCUACAAGUACAAGAUGCGCUACGUCUACGCCCAUUUCCCCAUCAACGUCAACCUCGAGAAGAACAACGAGACUGGCCGCAUGGAGGUUGAGAUCAGAAACUUCUUGGGCGAGAAGCUCGUUCGCCGUGUCGUUAUGGCCGACGGUGUCGAGGUCGAGGCUUCCAAGAACGUCAAGGACGAGCUGCAGCUCACCGGUAACGACCUCGAGAAGGUCUCCCAGAGCGCUGCCGACAUCCAGCAGAUCUGCAGAGUCCGCAACAAGGAUAUCAGAAAGUUCUUGGACGGUCUCUACGUCUCGGAGCGCGGCAACAUCGUCGAGGAGUAA